AUGUCUGCUCCAGGCGGGAUAUCGACCACCGGUCCUGGUACUGCCAUCGGUUGGAUGCUUCCUCCGGUUGAACAGAUCACCUCGGAUCUGUCACCAUCUCCCCCUUCUUUAACAAAGGGCACAGCGACCAUCGAUCCAGAGGAGCAGAAGAACAUGUUCCGGAAUGUGCAGAACAUUAUCCAAAAGGCCGACGAAGGUACGAGCUACGACUUGAAGGGACUCCAUGCCUCGUUGGAACAGGCAGAUGCAGAUUCCCAGCGGGGCGGACGCAGUGUCGAGUCCUUGGGCGAGGUGCGCACCAUUCUAUAUAAGCUCUGGUCCUGCAACUCGGAGUAUCUGGCUCAAACUGCCGAGGUUUUGGCCAACGGGAGUCGGGAUUCGUCAUGGCGUGCGCCAUAUGGCCAAUCGGGAAUUUUGAAAUUCUUCCUAGAGGUCAUAGCCUCCACGGACGAGAUUGGUACCGAUUUACUGCUCCAUUCUCUGCGGCUUGUUGGGAACUCCUGUGCCGAUACAGAUGAAAAUCGCGACAUUGUGGUCAAGGAUAACUAUACUCUGGCUAUACUCCGGUAUUUCCUUGAUCCGGACUUGGUCUUUGUAGCUAUACCAGUGAUAUACAACAUUUGCAUGGAUUUCGAGCCUGCACAUGCUCAGAUGGCGACGAACAAGACGGCAUAUAUACUCUUAUCACUACUGAGAGUUGGAAGUACAAUCCAGGAGAACGAUGCUUUACUGGACUACGCGUAUGACCUGAUCGAGCUGGCUACUGAGCAAGGCGUUGAACAGUCUCCUGAUGGGACGAUACUGUUGCUGACGGAGCUCGCUCUUGACCCCCACACGACUUUCCCCCAUUUCUCGGCCAUCGUGAACAGUCUCAGCACUUGUCUGGAGAAGGAACGAUUCCAAAAUGCCUGCGUAUCAAACGAUAUGGUUCCACAGCUACUAGAGAUCCUCCAGCGGUCAUUCACAAUUGUAGUCGACCAAUCUUCCCGCGAAGACACUCAGACUCUAUCCCAGCUCCGACUGAAGAUAAACCAGGGCUUGGGCGAAGUCUCAGCCUCAUCAUUGUUCGCAGAAAAGUACCCACUGGACUCAAAGCUUGCACAAAAGCUAAAGUCAUGGGUAACAGCCUCCGAAGAUCAGCUCCAGAUUUGUGCCUGCAUCAUGCUCGGCAAUCUCGCCCGCUCGGACGAGGUCUGCACAGCAAUGGUACGGGAUUUGAAAAUCCACGAAGAGCUGAUCUCUGUUCUCCGGAGAGAUAACGCCCGCGGCGCAGUCUUGCACGCUACACUGGGUUUCUUGAAAAAUCUCACCAUCGCUGGUGAAUACAACAGGCUCAGUCUCGGCGCUGCGGGUCUCAUAUCCGCCGUCUCGCGACUAUGGGCGUUUGAAACUGUCCCGGAAGUCCAGUUCGUGGCUGCUAGCAUUGUUCGCCAAACCAUCAUCUCCUCGGUGGAGAACAUCUCCCGUCUUCUUGCUCCGCUUGAGCAAGAAACCGAUUCCUCGGAGAAUAGUCAAACAUACCUGUCCCUACUAUUGUCUCUCUUUGAUAAAACAGACUCCCCGCCCAUCAAGACAGAGAUUGGACGAACUGUCGCGUCUAUUUGCAGAACGCUCAGUCCCAAGUCUCGCGAUGGAGACCGGGAAGCCUCCUCUCUCCUUGAACGUCUCUACAAUCAGCACGAGGGCAUUGCGCGGCCCGUCGGCGCAAUGAUCACUCAGUCGCAGUGGCCCGUCGUCCGCAGCGAGGGCUGGUUCGCACUCGCGCUAAUGGCGACUAGUCGCUCUGGCUGUGUCGCGGUGUCGGACUGUUUGCAACAUACAGAGGUUUCUGAGGUGCUCCGAAAGACUAUGAGUGAUGAUACCUCUGAAGACAAUGGGGAGACGAACCAGGCCCAAGUAGCCAAGGAUCGAGAUAACAUUGUGGUUCUCGUGCAGGAACUGCUGAAGAAUGAGUCUGGCGCCCUACCCUCGGAUUAUCGGAGUAUAGUGGAGGAUGUGAUGAAGGACCAUGCCUCACAGCAUUUGAGCACCAGACAAGACUGA